UUUACACAGUCGCCUCUGAGAACGGUUCCAGUCACCUGACGUUGCAGAAAUGUUUUGGGAGCUCGCGUUGGUGUCCCUGGCAGCAUGCGUAUGCUAUACUGAGGGCCAGACCAAGUACAGAGCUUACGACGGUCCUCCAGUGGUCCCAGUUAUUACCAAGGAUGGCUUCCUUGCAGAUACUAAGGAGGUGGCCGACGCCAAACAAUACUUCCUCAACGCUCUAGCAAAGACUGCAGCUGAGGUUAAAGACAAGGGGCCCAGGGGAUACAGCGGAUCACCCCAUCUCCAGCGAGUGUAUGAUCCAGUUCCUCUGCAGCCACAGCAAUACCAGCCUCAGCAAUAUCAACCUCAGCAGUACCAGUCUGAGCAGUACCAGUCUCAGCAGUACCAGCCUCAGCAGUACCAGUCUCAGCAGUACCAGCCUCAACAGUACAAGUCUCAGCAGUACCAGCCCCUGCUACACCGCUCCCAGCCCCAAUACCGCCCUCGUCCCACACAGCCUGCCCCUGUUUACGAAGACGACGGACAAUACGACGACGGAGAGUACCAAGAACAGCCGGAGUAUUCUCCUCUGCCCAAGACGUCUCCAACAUCUUCACGGCCGGACCCAAAUGUGACACCGAUCAUCCUGGAGAACGGCUACAUAGCCGACACUCACGAGGUGAACGCUGCCAAGGCUGAGCAUUUCGCCGCCGUGGCGCGCGCCCAGGAGCUGGUGGCUCGGGCGCAGCAGAGGGCUGCCCAGAGUGGCUACCAGACGCCUGCACCACAACUGCGACCUCAGGCUCAGUACCCCUCUGCUCCGGCAGACUAUUGAAUAUCGCACCAAACUUGACAACUCAUACUACCUCUGUGAUAUAGUGUAAUUAUUGUAAAAUCUAUUGUAAAUAAGUAAACUAAACU